CGGCUGCAGAGAGCAGUUCGCACCUCGGGUCUCGCACGACAGCCGUCUGUACAGUGCGCUGCGGAGGGAUCCGCGGGGCGGCUGCGGAGGCGGCCCCGGGCUUGGGGAGGCUCUACCUGGCGGCAAGAUGAGUCUGACGGCCGAGAGCCACCGCGUCCCGCUGAGCGACGGGAACAGCAUCCCGCUGCUGGGGCUGGGCACCUACGCCGACCCCCAGAAAGGAAGGAAACGAGUAGUCUUGCCUACCAAUAAAUCCCAGCAAGAAAAAUCCAUCGUUGACUCCUGCUUUUCUCUCUUCUACUCUCCCACGUCCCUUCUCUUGAUGGUUUUGGGAGGGAAUCACAGUGGGACCAGUGAGUUUGGGCUGUCAAGACCCUCCAGAAGGCUCUACAAGACUCCCAAAGGCACUUGUUUGGAGUCAGUGAAGAUUGCCAUUGAUACCGGUUAUCGCCAUAUCGAUGGUGCCUUUGUCUAUUACAAUGAGCACGAAGUGGGACAAGCCAUCCGGGAGAAGAUUGCUGAAGGAAAGAUCAAGAGAGAAGACAUCUUCUAUUGUGGCAAGCUGUGGAACACCUGCCAUCCACCAGAGCUGGUACGUCCCACAUUGGAGAAAACCCUGAAGAUCCUGCAGCUGGAUUAUGUCGACCUCUACAUUAUUGAGCUGCCAAUGGCUUUCAAGCCUGGAGAUGCAAUCUACCCAAGAGAUGAAAAUGGAAAAUUUAUCUACCAUGAGACAAAUUUAUGUGCCACGUGGGAGGCUAUGGAAGCAUGUAAAGACGCAGGCUUGGCAAAGUCUAUUGGAGUAUCCAAUUUCAACCGCAGGCAGCUGGAGAUGAUCCUGAACAAGCCAGGACUUAAGCACAAGCCUGUCAGCAACCAGGUUGAAUGCCAUCCCUAUUUCACCCAACCCAAACUCUUAGAAUUUUGCAGGCAACAUGACAUUGUUAUUGUUGGAUACAGUCCAUUGGGAACCUCGAGGGAUGAAACAUGGGUAAAUGUGUCCUCCCCUCCCUUACUGGAGGAUCCCGUGCUGAAUGCCAUUGGCAAAAAGUACAGUAAGACAGCAGCGCAGGUUGCAUUGCGUUUCAGCAUCCAGCGAGGGGUGGUGGUCAUCCCAAAAAGCUUCAACCCCCAACGCAUCAGAGAGAAUUUUCAGAUCUUUGACUUCUCUCUCACUGAGAAAGAGAUGAAAGAAAUUGAAGCCCUGAACAAAAAUGUUCGUUAUGUGGAACUUUUAAUGUGGCGUGACCAUCCAGAAUAUCCCUUCAAUGAUGAAUACUGAAAACAAAGCGUCCAGGCAGGUUCCUAAUCCAACAUGAGAUUUGGCUGAAAGAGACCCAAUGUUUGGUGCUUCCUUUUUCUGGGAGACUGUUCAAAUCAGCAUUAAAACUAUGAAAUCUA